CGAGCUGGUGGUCGAGCGAUGUUGCCAGUCGAUAUUUUUGCUCGAAUGCAGGUAGUGCAGAAAAAGUCAUUCGGUUGUCAGUCAGUCAUUGUCGAAAAACAUAUGUGAGAAGAGUGAGACGAUCGUUUCGAAAUAAAAGAUACCCAAAGGAGAAACGCAUUGUAAAUACUGGUAGAAACGCGAUCACGCACAUAGACACAGACGCCCGAGAGUAUCAAUAUUGUUUUUUUUAUGUUCCCAAGUCUUUGAACAGUUUUCAACCCCCCUGAAAACUGAUCAACUGUUACAUUAACUUUAUAUCUCUAUACAUAUUUUUUUUUGCGACUGCGAAAAAACGGAAGCUUUAAUGUUGCAUCCGGCAAAUCACCACAGAAACAAUGAUAAGACAGCAAUGGAUCAAUGGAGUUUAAGUAAUUUGGAUGAGUAUCCACGAGCUAAGAAGAGCAAACAGGAAAGCAAGAAGAAGUUGCGAUGCCACAUUACGAAAUCAUCAUCUACGAAGGGCAAUUGGGAGAUGCUCCCAGCUGCAGUCGUGGACAACGUCUUUAAAUACCUCAAAUUUAACGAUGUCAAGAGCGCAUCCAGUGCGUGCCGCAACUGGAGACACGGUCUCUAUCAUCCAAGAUUAUGGCAGCACGUCAGAUUUGAGAUCAGCGAGAAGAGUUUGCAGCGAUCGCGGUACCUUCGCAACAUGGUCGGCCAUAUGGUCACCGAUGCCACUGUCGUCUUCGGCUCGAUGUCGAAGGACUGCAUCGAAGAGUUCCUGGCUCUUCUCGAAUGCUUCACCUUCAGCAAUCAGCUUCAGUCCCUUAUGCUGAAACCCAGCCAUUGUCACGUCUUGCAUCCGGAUGAGACGAAGUGGCAGGAGACUGAGCAACAGUUGAUCGAACUCUUCAUGAAAAUAACAGAGGAGAAGUCGAUGACGCGACUCUCGUUCGGCUGUUUGGAGCAACUUCAGCAGAAAGUCAUCGAUAUCCUGCAUCAUCUCGCUAACGUCAAGCCCGAUAAGAUAACAACACUAGGUUUGGCCACCGUCAAAGAUGACCCGAGCAAUUACCUUUUGAACUAUUACGAUCCGCAGCUGAUCACUCCAUUCCAAAACCUAGAAAUUUUAAGUGUAGAUUAUGAUGUUUUAACGGACUUGUUUUUGGAUGGUUUAAAAAAUUGCCGCAACCUGAACAGGCUGGUUGUGCACGUUCACGGCGUCUGGGACGGACAUCCUGGUACAAGCGAGAAUGCCUGGAAGAAUUUUAAAGAACAACAUCCCGACUGUCGGCUGAGACUCAGCCUGAUUCACGCUUUCGACGAAGUCGCUGUCAUGCACAACACCAUCCUCAGAGACAACAUGCCUUUAAGUCAUCUCAGGGUCCUGUUCUGCGAAGGAUUGAAUAUCAUAGUAUUGGAGAAACUCUUGAUGUACAAGGACACUUUUGUAAGUUUGUCGUGGGUGGAUUGCGUCGAUAUGGACUCCAGAUACAACCUCAUUCAGUCGGACACACCACCAAACAUCAUUAUGCUUGCGUGGUUAUGCAAUAAACUAGAGGAGAUGAGGAUCAUCGGUUACAAAUUCUUCGAUCAGGAUUGGAUUGGCGUUGCCAAGCUACGCAGCAAUACGCUCAAAAAGUUGGAAAUCUCAAGCACAGACAUUCUGGACUCAGACUUGAACUUCAACAUUUUUAUUGAACUUCCUCUAAUAUUGGGUAAAAGCUGCAAAAUCCUCAACAGAUACGACCUGCAUCCCGUCUUCUUGGACAACUCUUCCGCUGAUUCAGAUGAGUACUUAUUGCCAAUUCUGUUGGCAGAUCUGCAGUAAAGGUCAAUUCAAAACAAAAACAAACUCACCCACACCAACCAAAAAAAACAAUAACAACAAAAACGAAUGAUUUUAUAUUAUUUUAUUAUUAAUUAAUUUCAUUCUUUGAUAGAGAAAGUCGCAAUGAACAUUCAACAGCAUGAAAUUCCGCCACACUAUAUAAGCUAUAAGUCAUCUAUAUUUAUAUAUUUAUAUACAUAAUAUUAUUAUUAAUUUGGUAACGUUAACUUUUAAGUUUUUUUUUUCCGAGGAAAAUGCGAGCGACGACUGGACUCGCCUCUUUUGGAAAUAUAU